CCCCCGACCUGGGGGUUUGGCUCCCGGGGACUUUAUCUUGAUUCCUCGGCCAGCCCAGCUCCUUCCCGGCAUGCCCCGCUCCUGCGAGCCGCCCUCGAGUCCCGCGCCCGGACUUUGCCAUCGGCGGGGCCGGGCGGCCGGAGCGCCCCCGGGAUGCGUCCUGCGGCCGCGGCCUGAGAUUUAGCUCCUGCUGGGGACGUGACUGGGACCGAGGGAGCCACCCAGAAGCAUGGAGACUGUGGUGAUUGUCGCCAUAGGUGUGCUGGCCACCAUCUUCCUGGCCUCGUUUGCAGCCUUGGUGGUGGUUUGCAGGCAGCGUUACUGCCGGCCUCGGGACCUGUUGCAGCGCUAUGACUCCAAGCCCAUUGUGGACCUCAUCGGUGCCAUGGAGACCCAGUCGGAGCCGUCUGAGUUGGAACUGGACGAUGUGGUCAUCACCAACCCCCACAUAGAGGCCAUUCUGGAGAACGAAGACUGGAUUGAAGAUGCCUCGGGUCUCAUGUCCCACUGCAUUGCCAUCUUGAAGAUUUGUCACACUCUGACAGAAAAACUUGUUGCCAUGACAAUGGGCUCCGGGGCCAAGAUGAAGACCUCAGCCAGUGUCAGUGACAUCAUCGUGGUGGCCAAGCGGAUCAGCCCCAGAGUGGAUGAUGUGGUGAAAUCGAUGUACCCUCCGUUGGACCCCAAACUCCUGGAUGCGCGGACUACUGCCCUGCUCCUGUCUGUCAGUCAUCUGGUGCUGGUGACCAGGAAUGCCUGCCACCUGACCGGGGGCCUGGACUGGAUCGACCAGUCACUGUCUGCUGCGGAGGAACACCUGGAAGUCCUUCGAGAAGCAGCCUUGGCUUCUGAGACAGAUAAAGGCCUCCCAGGCCCUGAAGGGUUCCUGCAGGAGCAGUCGGCCAUUUAGUGCCUGCUGGCCAGCCUGCCGCCGUCCCUGGGUGGCUCAGCGGACCUUCCGCUUCUCCCGCAGCGUGAGUUCUCAGGGGUUCAGCUGUACGUGCCGAGCUGAUGCCUCUGCUGCAGUAGCAAAUGCUGACUGGCGAGUGGCAGUCUAACACCGCGGUUCCAGGAGACGGCUUGCACCGUCUGCACAGCAGAGCCUUAGAGACUGGUAGACCGGCAGCUUUAUUUAGCCCACCUAGUGUUUUCAAGAAAAUUGAGUCACCAUCUAGAAAUCACAGGGUUUCGCCCUGAAAUCAGAGUUUCUGGCUUCUCUUAAACAAUCCGAAGAUAAGGCAACUCUGAAAUGCAUCUGCAGAAAACAAUCAACUUGAACUCAGUGGGAGUUGUGUCUUUUGACAGGGCUUGUACUCUCUCUCUCUCUCUCUCUCACUCGCCUGGUCUGUUGCAUUUGUUUGUAUUAUCUGCCCUGUCCCUGGGACAUCUGAGUCCCUCUUCCCCUUCCCAGGUUUGCCUUUGAAAGUGAGCAACGAGUUGAUUUUUCCUUGUCAUUGGGCCUGCAAUUUUACCUAUCUACCACUAGGAGGACAGUACACUUACAUUUAGACUUCUGUCAAGCGAGUGGUUAUUGACUCAUUCGAACGUAUGGGGUGCAGUGCGAUGUAUUUGAGAAGUCAGGGUGGGAGAAGGGAGCCUGAGAGUCCUGAGGACACAUUGUGCAUAUGACCCAAAAAGAGGUAUUUCAAGACCCUUCAGAGUUUAGGCGGAAGUGAAGAUCCCACCAUAAAGUAGUUUCCACAUGA